AUGGUAGGCAAGACAAAUUGGUGCAUUGAUAAAUGCACUCCCUCCCCCUUCUCACCCACCCACGCCCCCACCCCUCCAAAAGGGGCAGGAAGAGGGGUGUGCAGUACAACCCACCCAAAAAAGGGCAGGUUGGCCUGCAUGCCUGGUCUGGAGGGCCAGGAGGAAUCCCUCCCAGCUAUCAAGACUGUACAAGUCUCAAUGGCCAGGAGGGAUUCUGUCCAGUCUUUGAGACUGUGCAAGUCUCAAAGACCGGGAGAAUCCCUCCCAGACAUUGAGACUGUACAAGUCUCAAUGGCCAGGAGGGAUUCUGUCCAGUCUUUGAGACUGUGCAAGUCUCAAAGACCGGGAGAAUCCCUCCCAGACAUUGAGACUGUACAAGUCUCAAUGGCCGGGAGGGAUUCUCCCGGUCUUUGA